AUGUUUAUUAUAAAAAGAUUUUGCGACGUUGGCGGCUACUGCUGCCCGGCGGAGUCGGGAGACUUCCUGCCAGAUCCCCCAACCUGCGGAAAAACCCCGGCCGUCCCCCGAAUUAUGAAUGGCAAAGAGGUUCAACUCAACUCGUUGCCCUGGAUGGCCUUGCUUAUUUACCAGAAUCGAAAAACCUUGUGGAGGUACUCGACUACUAUGUGCGCUGGCUCGCUGAUCAACAGCCGAUACGUCCUGACUGCAGCCCACUGCCUAUACCCCGCCGGGGACUACAUCAAGAGUGUGCGCCUGGGCGAGCACGACACCUCCACCAAUCCUGACACCGUCGUACUAAGCAAUGGAGGACGAAAAACCGCUCCCCCAUAUCUGGAAGUCAACGUGGAGGAUGUAGUCCGGCAUCACAACUUUUAUGAGCACGAGAAAAUAUACAUUAAUGACAUCGCCCUGCUGCGACUCGAGCUGCCAGUACGAUAUACAAGGGAAAUCCGACCCAUAUGUCUUCUACCUGACUAUCACUUCGCAAAUAACUACUUUGAAAACUCUAGUUUGCGAAUUGCUGGGUGGGGCGCUUCCCAUAUUCAAUCCAAUAAAGUAUUGCUAUCGGGCAAUGUAAAAGGAUUGAAUCCAUCUGAGUGCCAAAAGUUACACUUCCGCCGAGAUAUUCACAUAUGUGCAGGUGGGCAGGAUGGGACGGACACUUGUAAAGGCGACUCCGGUGGUCCGCUAAUGGCCACCAUGGGAACAAGUUACAAUGAAUUCGUAUAUCUAGCCGGCAUUACCUCCUACGGAUCUUCUGAGUGCGGAUGGCGACCAGGUGCCGAUAUUUCCAACAUAUUUCGAUCGCCCCGCAACCUGGCCAUCGAGGCCACCUUCAUCAACCACAACUUCAGCCAGCAGGUGUUGAAGACUGGCGACCAGGAGGCCAAGUACAAGUUCGAUGAGACCAACCCGUUCAUCAGCGAAGACGAGGACAUUCAAGUAGCCAGCGUGGGCUACCGCUACAAGAAUUGGGAGCUGGGUAGCGAUAUCGUUCUGGUGGCACGUUGCGAGCACGACGGUGUCCUUCAGACGCCUAGCGGUGAGCCUCAGUUCAUGUCAAUCAAGGCGCUCAACGAGUGGGACUCGAAGCUGGCCAACGGAGUGGAAUGGCGUCAAAAGCUGGACACGCAGCGCGGAGCCGUGCUGGCCAAUGAGCUGAGGAACAACGCCUGCAAGCUGGCCAAGUGGACCGUUCAGGCCGUGCUGGCCGGGUCCGAUCAGCUGAAGCUAGGCUACGUUUCCCGUAUCAAUCCGAGGGACCACUCGCGCCAUGUUAUUCUCGGCACGCAGCAGUUCAAGCCGCACGAGUUCGCCACCCAGAUUAACCUGAGCAUGGACAAUGCCUGGGGAGUCCUACGGUGCAUCAUCGAUCUGGUCAUGAAGCAGAAGGACGGCAAAUACCUGAUCAUGAAGGACCCCAACAAGCCGAUCAUUCGUCUGUACGACAUCCCAGACAACACAUUCGACUCCGAUGACUCAGACGAUGGAGAGGGCGACGACGAAGGGUUCCAGCAGGUCUACAACUACGCGCACAACAAAAUUUAGACGCCACGCCCCACUUCAGCAUCCCUUCCAGUUUUGGGUUUGAGCCACAACCCGCUAAUCAUAACCACAACUGAUGUCCUCUGUAGGAAACUGCCCAUUUCUAGGGCUAAACUUAAGCAUUUGUAUUCGUAUGAAAUUCAGCUGUUUCCUAGUAAAACACGGAGGUCGAAAAAAAUGUAA